CAACCCUCGACCCUUUCCGGUCAGCCGCUCUCUCUCCCUUCAUCUUUAUUCUCUCUUUCCCAAGAUUCUUCUCACCAUCUAUGUUUUAGUCGGAUCUGAAAUCUCACAACUCAGGAAAGAGAAAAAAGGAGAAAAAAGUAGAAUCAGAAAGAGGAAAAAUCUUACCAGCUGAUCAACAUCAAUGACGAUCGGGUCGGGAGGAUCGAGCGUAGUUGUCCCACGGAACUUCAGAUUGUUGGAGGAACUUGAGCGAGGAGAGAAGGGUAUUGGAGAUGGCACAGUCAGCUAUGGAAUGGAUGAUGGAGAUGACAUUUACAUGCGUUCUUGGACGGGUACCAUAAUUGGUCCUCACAAUUCUGUACAUGAAGGUCGCAUUUAUCAGUUGAAGCUCUUCUGCGACAAAGAUUAUCCGGAGAAGCCCCCCAGUGUUCGUUUCCAUUCACGGAUCAACAUGACCUGUGUCAACCAUGAGACUGGAGUGGUAGAAGCGAAGAAGUUUGGGAUGCUGGCAAAUUGGCAGCGGGAGUAUACCAUGGAAGACAUACUUACACAGCUGAAGAGGGAAAUGGCGGCACCCCACAACCGGAAGCUGGUACAGCCGCCUGAGGGUACCUACUUCUAGUAAUUUCGGUAGAAGCUAGCAUAUAUAGUCCACAUUAAUACGAAAUAUGUCAUUCUCAUGGCUGUAUCCACCCACAAUGAAAUUUAAGGGCCCAAGGGACACCUUGCUACAGCAUCAUUAUCAAACUCACUAUUUGUGCUGCUAUUUCCUAUUUUCAUUUACCGAACUGCAUUGCAAGGCAUGCAGUUUGAUGAAUGGGAGUGUUUGUGUGUCAUAUUGAAUGAAAA